AUCAUAAUCAGAUAACCCUCAGUUGUGAUGUCACAGCCCGCGAGAAUCUUAUUUAAAACGACCCAAGCCUGCUGUUUGGCCUUUUAAUAACUGACAUUGCUGGGAUAUCGCUGUCACCAAAUCCGGGCGGGUUUUACCAUCAGCUGAGACACAGCCAAUCCGCUACACUGAUACCGGGCAGCCGUAACAGUACCGACGACUAUAAAACACUGAUCACUGUGCUCUGAGUUGGGUAAAUCCGUUGGCAGAACAAUACUUAUUUUAUCUUAGUUCAUACAUCAGGAAAACAGGAACUUAAGCGACGCAACAAUAGAGCGAAGAUUCUAAAAACAACUUCAAUUAUUUUUUCAACAAUUAAUUUAGCAACGGACACCAGCUAGCACGUUCAUUUUGUGUCGAUCUUCAGUAAUCCUAAGUCAUAUUGUUCUUUAGAAAUUAGUUUAUUAAAAUAUCGGUCAUAAUGAAAACCUCGUUGAUUUUCACAUGGAUUCUUAACCUGGCUGUUGUAUUCGCCCUCCCGAUGCAGAAACGUUCACAUUCAAAACGCAACGUCAGAAGUAGCGCCACAGUUGUCCAAUGUAUGGACAUGCAAAGUUUCGAGGGAGAAUACAAGUUUACGGCAGAUGGCACCGGCAGUGUGUGUGGACUUUAUCUUAUUUCACUUCCUGAAAAAUUAAUAGAGCUGGAAUUCAUGCACUUCGACGUGGAUUGCGAGGCGGGAGGUCUUGUCGCGCUUGUGGAUGGAUGGGAGAUGAACGGUCAAUUUUUCCCACCACCCGGCGACCAUCAUCUCACUUUGGACCAAAGGUAUAUGACCUUUUGUGGACAAUCGAAACCCAGGAAAAUACUGGUAUCCUCACAGAACGUAUUGCUCAUACAGAACAGAAUACCGGUCCAAGGUCAAGGAUUUACCAUCAAAGUCAAAUUUAUUGACAAUCCACAACCAUGCAAUGCGGUAUCAAUGUUCACCCAAGGUGUCUAUACUAUCAAGAAUUACGGACAGCGACGAAAUUGUUCGAUCUCGAUUAUCUACCCUGAAAUGGUGCAUCUAGUCUCCGUUGAUGUUGGAGUCACCGCUAGGAUGAACGAAGUUGAGAGUGACAUCGGACUCUCAGAUCAGUGCCUAAACAGGAUGGGACUUGCUGACUACGUAGAAGUGAGCGGUGGAAAUGGAUUCGAAAUUGACACCGUGAACAGACGUGAACUUGUGUGUGGACUUACCGCUGGGGCUGAGAGAAGUGGAAUUCCUGUCGCUUGCACGAAUACCGUGGUACGACUGGUGUCAAGUGGUGAAUAUUUCAACACCGUGACAUUUGUGUACACCCAGCCUAAUCAGGAAGACCUCAUGCAGGACGUCGGCUCAUGUUAAGGAGAGAGCUGAGGUCACUGAAUGAGUAUUUCUCCGAGGAUGCUCUGUCAUCGAUAGUUUUGUGAACAGACUCACGAAGCCGCCCGGAAUGUGAUCUGUAGAUACUGGAUCUGAUUGACUGCUCACAGGCCAAAGGAACCCUCAUAGACAAACAUUAUUGUAUUUUUGUGUAACAAAGACUCAUUUGUCAAAGCAUAUUAAAGAAAUAUUUUUAAAUUUG